AUGCCAGCUAAGACACCCAUCUACCUGAAAGCUGCCAAUAAUAAGAAAGGGAAGAAAUUCAAAUUAAGGGAUAUUUUGUCUCCUGAUAUGAUCAGUCCACCACUUGGUGACUUUCGCCACACCAUACACAUUGGGAAAGAGGGACAACAUGAUGUUUUUGGGGACAUCUCAUUUCUGCAAGGAAAUUAUGAGUUGUUGCCUGGGAAUGAGGGAACACCAAGAGUUGGUCAGUUUGGUGGACAUAAUGAGUUCUUAAGGGCAAACAGCACCUGUGACUCCAUGUUUACAGAAACUCCUUCACCCGUGCUCAAAAAUGCCAUCUCGCUUCCUGCCAUUGGUGGUUCUCAAGCCCUUGUGUUGCCCUUAUUGUCACCAGUGACAUUUAAUUCAAAGCGGGACUCCUUUGGGCCAUCAAAGAAUGCAAGGCUUAGUUGUGAGCCAGUAAUGGAAGAAAAAUUGCAGGAGAAAAGCAAACAGUUGGAGAAUGGGGAAAUGUACAAAGAUGACAUCCUAUGGGAGCCGAAUGGUUCUGGGUCGCAUUAUAUUAAUGGCAGAGAGAGUCAUUCAUCCAGCCUUUCUGAACAAUGCACUGAUUGGCAAACAGUUGACUUACUUGAUGACAGUCAUCUCUCAUGUGAACUAACCAAGGCAGAGACUAAGUCAGAAGAAUCCCUUUCAGAUCUUGCAGGCUCGCUACUUUCAUUGCAGCUUGACCUGGGACCCUCACUUCUGGAUGAGGUCCUCAAUGUAAUGGACAAAAAUAAAUCCUAG